GAACGAGUCCUGGGAGUUCCCGUGGACCCCUCCCCCAGCUUCCCCUAAUGACAAAGUCUUCCCCGUUCCCAGCAGGUCCCCAAACCGGGCCACUGGCGUUGGUACAGCCGUCUGGGCUCAGCAGCCCGCCUUGCUCGGAUGCCGCAGGUUGUCCCAUAGCACCUGCUUUUAGGCAAGGUCAAGGCUAAGGGCAAGUCCUCCAGAUGGCAAAGCUGCCCAGGUCUUCCGACCCCCACCGACCGUUCAGAGGGUUCCCAGCGUUAGCGUCGGGUUGGACAGUUCGCUGGAAAGACGGAACUCGUGAAGCCCGACGUACUGUUGGUGAGGCUCGGCCGGGGAAGGGCGCAGAUCCGAGCCGCCCGAGGGUCGGAGCUGGGCGUGGUCCAGGAGCAGCGCCCCCGGCCUCCGCUCCGUCAGUCCUUCCAGAGAAUCACCAGGCCUGGGGGGCCUUGGGGACCUCCGGCACCACCGGUGACACCGGUAUAGAGCCCCGUAACCGCCGCUACCACUGCUGGGCCCUGUUCCACCGCCCCCAAAACUCGUUCUGCUGCCCCGCUUGCAGGCACGCCCCGAAUCCCGAAUCACCGUCGGUGUCACCCAGACGACGGGAGGUCAGUGGGGCCACGCGGCACGUGACCGGUAAGACUGGUCUGUCACUCGGUGCGGCAGCCGGGAGACCCCCGGGAUGCCACGUGCCCGCGCCGGAGCCUCUCGCCGCUGGAGGGGGGCUGCCGAGGCCUCCAGCGCUCCUGUGCGGGCUUCUGUGCCCGCGGGGUGCGUCCCUGCGAGGGCGAUGCUGGUCACCGAGUAAGCGCGGGUUGAACCUGACAGACGCGGGGUCCGCCGGCUCUGCCGAGCGGGGCCGGCGCGCACCUGCCCUCCGGCCGCACGGGGUUGGGGCGGGGGCGGGGGGCUCGCGGCUCCUCCGCGCCUGCCGGGGUCCCCGCCCCGGCCCGGCCGCUUCGCCAGGUGUGCGGCGCGCCCCCUUGCGGGCUAAGGCGGAACGUCACUUCCUGUGCGAUCGCCCGGCCGUGCCGACUUCCGCCCUCUUCCUGUUGUUUGAUCCGUGUUAGGUUUUAAGUUGUUUUUUAAAGAUUU